AUGGACUCCUCAUCGUCUCCCAGUCCUCCGCCGCAAGGGCACCCUCCGCUGGAGAAAGACCAUGUCAACCUGCGCGUCACGUAUCUGGUGACAGGGGACCCACGGCCUCCUCAUUCCCUGGGAAAUGUGCAUCUGAACACCACCAUCGCAGAUUUGAGGGCAAAGAUUCGGUCCGAGCUGCCAGAGCACCCUGCUCCGACUGAGCAAAGGCUCAUCUACCAGGGCCGUCCUCUGCUUAGAAACGAAGCCACCUUGCGGGAUGUGCUGAGAAUCGAGCCUGGACAAGAAGCUGGUCCACUUCCAUUUACCAUCCACAUCGUAAUACAAAGCCCUCAACCUACUCCUCAACCUCCUCCUCCAGCGGCUCUUCCUGCGAUGCAUCCACAUCUACCUGCCGAUGUUGCCAACCCAUUGCGAGCGGCCGAGCACUCCGCAAACAGACUGCAAGAGUCGCUUGUCCGGAUCCAAGAACAGAUCGAGGCGAAUCGAGCAGAUCUAAGAUCGGUGCAACAGAGAAUAGCUUUUCAACACACGAAUCUGGCUGGUCCUCCCAUGGCUGCUCAUGGCCAUGUUAACGGUCAGCCGCUGCCCAAUAUCUUGCCGCCUGGCUUCCCCAUGAACCUGCCAUUCGGACUACCAUUUGCGCCGCAGCCACAACUUCCACUACCUCCUACUCGGACACCACAUCAUCCUGGACAGCCUGCAAAUACACCUCCAGCAUCACUUGCACAGCACCGCCCGACUGGGGGCACCUCCACGCCGAAUCCCGCGCAGCAGAACGGCCAGAUACCAUAUCCUCAACGUGUGACCGUGGUUACUGAAACAGUGAGUAUCCAGAACCAAGCCCACCGUCCAUCCUCUGCACCUGGACAGCGCCCUCCAAUGCCAUCCCAGCAACGAGGAAAUGUCCCCUCCCACACGCCACAGACCGACAGCUCGACGCCUGCUCCAGUCCUGCCACCUCCCGGCUGGGAUUAUUCGACCCCAACGACUUUACCGCCUCUGCCUGUCCCGCGACCCUUUGCGCAGCCCCUUGUGAGCACUUUACACCCAUCGACCGCUACAGCAUGGCUGAUGUCCUCACCCACUGGGCCGAGAGCGUUGCUUUUCGCACCGGGCCACGGUUACUUCUCUUCCUUACCACCUGUGGCUACUCAACAACAGCAGGCUGGUGGAGCACUAAACCCCGAGACUCGAACGAGCGAUACGAAUCCCAUGCCUGUGCCUGGAGUGGGUCAAGCGGCCGAUCGGGAGCAACAAGGUGGGGAUCGCGCAGUAAUCAGAGCCGACCAGCUUCAGCCUGCAGGAGCACUGGCUCAAGCACAGCAAAACGGGCAAGAAAAUGACCUGUUCGCGUUUCUUAUCAAUCGGGGAUGGCUGUUCCUGAGGCUCUACUUGUUCAUGUUCGUCUUCUCUGAACCCGGAACGUGGAAACGUUGGCUCAUGAUCAUUGUGGCCGCAAUCGUCUGUCUGCAGCCCCGAGAUGGCCCAUUCACUCGCUUGAUGAGGGCAGCUCGUCGACACUUUGACUCCCUUGUCGGUCCACCACCACGGCCUGGAGCUGUAGCUCCACAGCGUGUUGAUGCGGCAGGUCAAGAAGCUCCUGCGCAGAGGCCGGCGAAUGUUCGUGGCGCCGUCCAGAUGACCCCGCAAGAGGCAGCAGCACGACUCAUAGCAGGGCGACAGAACAACCAAGACCGCCCGCCACGCUUCUGGAGAGACGCGUUCUACCGCGUUGAACAGAGUAUGGCUCUGUUUCUAGCAAGUCUGAUCCCAGGCGUAGGUGAGCGCCAUGUCAGAGCAAGAGAAGAGCAACGACGGGAAGAGGAAAGAAGGCGCGCUGAGGCGGCGGCGGCAGCAGCGGCAGCAACGGCAGCAGCGGAGAACCAGAAUCUGCCACAGGAAGAAACACAAGUCAAUGACCCAGAGAGGCAAUCUGCAGUAGACAAAUCGGAGGUCAACCACCCCGAAAAUGGAGAGCAGAGUACUUCGAGUUCCGUGCAAGCCAGGCAGGAAGAUGGUGCUGGAGAGCUGCGGAAUAGGACGUAA